UUCUGGUGAUGCACCUGGAGCACGAUGCCCGGCCUGCGUUACAGCCGUCAGGUCUCAAGAUAGUUCUGGAGAUAGUGUAUCAAAGCCCGAUAAAUUACAUUGAGGCGAGUUGAAAAGAAAGGAAGGACAAGACAAAAAGCACAGGCGGUGGGCAGCCAUUGGUUUCUGUCUUCGCUGCUAAUAAAGAAAGCAGCGUCUCGCGCACAGGUCUCGCGGGGUGAAACAACAGAGCUUCUGGAUCCGGUCAUCCCGCUCUGCUCUGUGGACCGAGAACAUGAAUCUGCUGCUGGUCCUGGUGACCAUCAUCAGCACCUGCAGCGCAGCAUCCCCAGUAUCCCACAGAAAGUGUGAGAACAGCCUGGCCACUCCUCUGCCCUAUAGCUCCUUCAGCAGCUCCUCAGUGUACACCCAAGGAUGUGGAGCGGGUUACGCCAAACUCAAUCGGAAACAAGGUGCUGGAGGCUGGUCCCCCCUGGAUACAGACCGUUAUCAAUGGUUACAGGUAGACCUGGGUUCAAGGAAGCAGGUGGUUUCCGUAGCGACACAGGGUCGCUACAGUAGCUCUGAUUGGACCAGCAAAUAUCGGCUACUUUACAGUGACACACAGAAAAACUGGAGGCCUUAUCUACAGGAUGGAAACAUCUGGACGUUUGAGGGGAAUAUGGACAGUGAAGCGUCUGUUCGCCACGAGCUGCAGCACGCCAUUCUGGCUCGCUACAUCCGCUUCAUCCCAGUGGGCUGGAGCAGGGAGGGACGCAUCGGACUUCGCCUGGAGCUCUACGGCUGCUCAUACUGGGCAGAUGUGAUCAGUUUUGAUGGCCAUGGUGUCAUCUCCUACCACUUCAGGAGUAAGAAGAUAAAGAUUGUGAAGGAUGUGAUCUCUCUUAAGUUCAGAACCACAGCUGGAGCCGGGGUCCUGCUCCACGGAGAGGGACAGCAGGGGGACUACAUCUCUUUGGAGCUGCGCAGGGCCAGACUGCAGCUCAGCCUCAACCUAGGAAGUGACCAGUAUGGUUCCAUCCAGGGUCACACAUCUGUGACCAGUGGGAGCUUACUAGAUGAUGACCACUGGCACUCAGUCGUCAUAGAGCGCUACCGAAGGAAUGUUAACUUCACACUCGACCAUCACACUCAGCAGUUCAGGACCAAUGGAGAGUUUGACCACCUGGACCUGGACCAUGAGAUCAGUUUCGGGGGGCACCCUGUUUCAGCAAAGCCCAGCUCCGGAGGCGUAGAUAACUUUGUGGGCUGCAUGGAGGGAAUCACCUACAACGGAGACAACAUCACCAACCUGGUCCGCAGGAAGAAGGUGGACACCUCCAGCUUUCGUAACCUGACAUUUUCUUGUGCUGAGGCCAACUCCUUCUCCGUCUUCUUCAACUCCACGUCCUUCCUGCGGCUGCCGGGUCAGACUGACAGCGACACGCUGUCCGUCAGUCUGUCGUUCAGGACCUGGAAUCCCAACGGGCUGCUGAUGUUCACCGCACUAGCUGAUGGCUGGGUGGAGGUGGGACUGACGGAGGGCAAGGUCACCGUCUACAUGAAUGUCACACAGAAGAAGAACACGCGUAUUGACAUCUCAUCAGGCUCAGGUCUGAAUGAUGGCCAGUGGCACAGUGUCCAUCUGAAUGCUUUGGAGAACUAUGCUAUGCUGACAGUUGAUGGAGACGAGGCCUCCACAGUGAGAACAGCCAUCCCAAUCCAGAUCCAGACUGGAGGAACCUACCACUUUGGAGGAAACGUUCUGCACGGCAACACUCGAUCCCUUCAGCGCUCCUUUCAGGGCUGCAUGCAGAUGAUCCACAUAGACGACCAUCUGGCUGACCUCAGGGCUGUGGAGCAGGGCCUCAUUGGAACAUUUGAAAAUGUCAGCCUGGAUAUGUGUGCCAUUAUAGACAGGUGUGUUCCUAAUUACUGUGAGCACGACGGGCGCUGUUCUCAGACGUGGGAUACAUUCAGCUGCAACUGUAGUGGCACAGGAUACACUGGAGCCACCUGCCAUACAUCCAUGUAUCCACAGUCCUGUGAGGAGUAUCAGCACCAGGGGAAGAGCUCAGGGAGCUUCUGGAUUGACCCAGACGGCAGUGGAUCUAUCGCCCCCUUCAGAGUCCACUGUGACAUGACAGAGGGAAAGGUUUGGACGAUGCUGAAGAACAACCUCUCUCCUCAGACAUCAGUCACCAGCUCAGAGCAGGAGGGGAAGGCAGUGCUGCAGAUCACUUACAAUGUGACUGAUGAACAGCUGCUGUCAGUGUCCAGCAGUGCAGAGUACUGUGAGCAGUACGUGGGCUACGCCUGCAGGAUGUCCCGCCUGCUCAACACUCCAGAUGGUGCCCCUUAUACCUGGUGGGUAGGAAGAGCCAAUGAGAGGCAUUCUUACUGGGGGGGCUCAGGACCAGGCAUACAGAAGUGUUCCUGUGGUAUCGAACACAACUGUACUGACGCCAAACACUACUGCAACUGUGACGCUGACCUGCGCUCAUGGAGGGAGGAUGCAGGCCUGUUGGUGUAUAAGGACCACCUGCCGGUCAGUCAGGUUGUGGUUGGUGAUACGAGCAGAGCUGGAUCUGAGGCCAAACUGACUGUAGGGCCACUCAAAUGCCAGGGGGACCGGAGCUUCUGGAAUGCAGCGUCCUUCAGCAGCCCGGCCUCCUCCCUCCGCUUCCCGUCCUUCAGAGGAGAGACCAGCACCGACAUAUCCUUCUACUUCAAGACCUCCUCCACCCGUGGAGUCUUUCUAGAGAACCUAGGAACAACUAGCUUCCUUCACAUUGAACUCAGAGGGGGCUCGGUGGUCUCCUUCUCUUUUGAUGUAGGCGGUGAGCGGGUGGAGCUCAGCGUCCGCUCGCCGCUGCCUCUGAACGAUGACCAGUGGCAUCACUUGGAGGCACAGAAGAACAUCAAGGAGGUCCUGCUGCAGCUUGAUGGACAGUACAGAGAGGUCCGACCCAUGCCCCCCCAUGGACACACAAAACUGGAGUUCUACAGUGAGCUUUAUGUUGGGGCAUCCAGUGGUCAGAGAGGCUUCCUGGGCUGCAUACGGGCUCUGAAGAUAAAUGGUCUGACUUUUGACCUGGAAGAGAGGGCACAGGUAUCUCCAGGGGUGAAUCCAGGCUGCCAGGGUCAUUGCAGCAGCUUCGGGAUGCACUGCAGGAACGGAGGGAAGUGUGUUGAGCAGUACAACGGAUACUUGUGUGACUGCUCCCUCACUGCGUACGAUGGACCCUUCUGCUCCGAUGAUGUAGGAGGAUACUUUGAGACGGGGACCCUAGUGCGUUAUGACUUCCUGCUGGAGGCGGCAGCAAACGUGUUGCAGGAGGGGAAGAGCCUCUCAGAACUUGGUGUUCGUGGUGAUGCCAAUCUGACCCAGGAGGAGCUGGUGUUCAGCUUCAGCACCUCCAGCACCCCCAGCAUCCUCGUCUACGUAAGCUCCAGGACUCAGGACUACCUAGCAGUGGUGCUCCGACACAACGGCACUCUCCAGAUCCGCUACAGUCUCGGGGGGCUAACAGAACCGUACACCAUAGAUGUUGACCAUCGUAACAUGGCUAAUGGACAGCCUCACUCUGUCAACAUUACGAGGAACCUAAGGGAGAUACGGCUGCAGCUGGACCACUACCCAGUGUCCACACACUUCCUGCCCGAGGCCUCCGACACCAACUUCAACCUGCUCAAGAGUAUCUUUCUUGGAAAAGUAUUUGAAACUGGACAGAUUGACCCCAUCUUAAUCGAGCGCUACAACACGCCGGGCUUUGUGGGCUGUCUGUCUCGCGUCCAGCUGAACGGCGUGGCCCCGCUGAAAGCAGCCCUGCGCUUGGGACCCGCAGCACCCGUCAUCACCCAUGGGAUUCUAGUCCCCUCCAACUGUGGAGCAUCACCCCUCACCAUCUUCCCCAUGGCCUCAGCUAGUGACCCCUGGCACGUCGAAGCAGCUGGAGCGGUGUUCCCCUUCAAAGAGAACAAGGCCAAGGAAGGAGUGGACCGCAACUCUGCCAUCGUGGGAGGCAUCAUCUCCAUCGUGAUCUUCACUGUGCUCUGCAUCAUGGUGUUUGUGAUCCGUCACAUGUUCCGCCACAAAGGUUCCUACCACACCAACGAGGCCAAGGGGGCGGAGUCAGCAGACUGUGCUGACGCAGCGAUCAUCGUCAACGACCCGGCCUUCACUGAAACCAUCGACGAGAGCAAGAAGGAGUGGUUCAUCUGAGCCGCCCUCACCAUGGACAUAUGACAUUAGGAUGUAUGUAGUUUUUGAAGCAUAGGUAGUAGUAGUGAGAGCCCCACCUGUGGACCCUCCAGGAUGUGCCGAGUGGUUUAUUUAAAGAAUGAUGGACAAUGGACACCAUGGCAUCACAGCAUGGGUAUUAAAGCACAGGGCUGCCUGCUAAGUGUGACAGGACCACAGCCUCAGGUGGUGAAGAUGAGAGGGACUGUGCUCAUUAGCUUUUAUUUGAGUGUUUAUUUGUAUCACUGUUUAUUUCAUUUUGUUAAAUAAUUUCUCUUAUUUCAUUUUUCUUUAUACAAGUAAUAUAUUUUUUCAUAAUUAGUUUUACUUUGUUUAAGUGUAUUUAUUUGUUCAAGAUUAAGAUCUUCUAUGCCUUGCACAACGUGCGGAUAUAUAAGAAAAUAAUGACAUUUAUUGUAAUGAUCAUUCAUCCCAAUCUCAUUGUCUUAAUCUUUUAAUUUUACAUUUAUUUCAGUUAAGGGAAUUUCUGACUGAAGCGUGUGUGUGUGUGUGUGUGUGGGGGGGGGGGGGUCCGCACUUGCCAGCCUGUCUGUACAGGAGAUGUAGCCAUGACUUUGGACUAAGAACGUAAAGGAAAUGUCACACUUCUAUUUAUUUAGCUUUUUAUUGAUUCUCUUAUGAUUGCAUAUGUUAUUUUACUGUUACUGCUGCCAAAUUAGUUGAGGGGUUGACCUUGAACUGAGUCCUGUCCACUGAGCUCCACUCAUGGUUUUUACUUUGUAUUAGCAACACCAGUACGUGAUAAUGCUAAAAAGCUUUAGACCAUGUGCUGUAAGACUUUUAUUUAAGGAACUUAACAGCUUUUGAGGAAUCUUCUGGAGUGGUAUCUGACUAAGAGUUGAACUCAGUGCAUCCUGUGCAGAGACAGGUGAGGAGGGAUUUAGUGUAAAGACAUGAAGCAGGAGGAAUCACUUGACUCAUUCUAUGCUGUUACCGAUCAGACAGAGGUGGAACCUGACACCAUGGGGACAGGACCUUUGUGUUUCAAACACUGAUGGCACCCACAACCAUAUUUUCUUUUGUUUCUGUUUCUACACAUGAUGAAAUGUGCAAAUCACAGGUCUGUAGUGAGGGACACUCAGGUUCAUAUCCAAGUCGGAAUGGUUUUAAGAUUAAUUCAAGACCGAGUCCACAACGGGGCCAGAAUCACAAAUCCAUAAUUCGUCCCAUAGCGAGGAUGUUUCAUUGUUGCAGCUUAGGGACAGUGUAGUUAAAAGGCAUAUUACAGGUGUACAUAUAUUAACAUGGAACAAUUUUCGAAAACAAAUUAUUAGAUAAAAGCUAAAUAUGAAAAUCUUGGUUUAAGGUGAAGCCACCAUGGAAGGUAAUCAGUUUCUGCACUUGUUAAUGGUGCAGACCCUUGUUUGCAAUUUCAAUAAAGCCCCUAGGAAGCACCCAGCCAUGCUGUAUGCAAGGAAAUUAAGAUAAAAAGCUAAUCAAGGUAAGACCACAGAUUGAGAUCCAGAUCAAAACACUUGAUUGUGAUGAGUCUGAAAUAAAAACACUGUAGGUCUGGUUGGAAGGUGUGUGAUUUGUGUCCCCUGCUCUGUGUGCUUUGCUGGGCUCAACACUUCCGCACCUCUCAGGCUGUGAGAGAUGAAACUGACAACGGUACAACAGGGCCAGUAACGGAAAGUCGUUUGCAUUUUCAACUUAGUAUUUUGGAAGAAUUUAGCAGUGUUAUUGAUAUUGAUUUCUUUAGGCUUAGUUAAUUAGUGGUCAUAGUAUGUGUGUCUGAGGGUGUUUAGCAACACAAACUCUUCAGGUGGCCUGAAAGGACUCUUAAGUUCACAGUUCUUCUCAAAUCUGUCCUUUAAAGGCGAUGUCUUUGUUCUUUGAGAAGUAGGGAGGUUCUAUGGAAAAUAAUGUAUGUUGCCCACAUACAAAACUGGCAUACAUCCUGACAAUUGAUUGUAUUGCAUUUGUAUUCCUUUAACUGCACUGCAGUGUAAUGGCAUGCUGUUUGGCACUGAAUGACACAUAUUUCUGUUUGAUAAGCCGCUGUGGCAUGUCAUUGCUUUUGCCUCAUGUUAUAUGUAAAUCACUUUGCUAAACUGUACUUCUUUCAUAGCUGAUUUCUCAUUAUUUGUGCUUUUCUCAUUGUCUUGAAAAAUGUGAUGCUUCCUAUUGGGAAAACCAGUAAAAUAUGAGUCAAAAUCA